UUGAUCAUACACGUAAAGUUUUUCUAAAUAAUUAUGUAAAUCUAAUUUUAGCAUUGUCCACACUAAACGAUGCAGUAGGUAAAUGAUAGGUCACUAUCAUACAUGUGUCAUAUAGUACAAUGUCACAACGACGGAAUGAAACCGAGAAUCUCGAGGAGAUAUGUUUGUGUUUUAGCGCCAAAAGGAGUGACAGCGUCAAUGGUCAUGAAAUUCGCAAUACUUACAUCCUGUCAGCUUCAUUUUUCUUUGUGUUUACAGCAUAUUUAGCGAUACAAAACUUGCAGAGCAGUUUGAAUCAGGAAGCAGGACUAGGAGUGACGUCAUUGUCGUGCUUAUAUGGAUUUAUUAUCAUUUCAGCUGUAUUGGCGCCAACUGUAUUAAAGGUUAUUGGCGGGAAGUUGGCACUUGUUAUUGCGUGGAUUCUUCAUAUAGUCUACACAUUAAGCAACUUUUAUCCAACAUUUGGAACUUUGAUUCCUUCAUCUAUUUUACUUGGAUUGGUUUCCGGUCCUCUAUGGACAGCGCAAAGUAUUUACAUAACUAGAAAUGCUUAUUCUCUUGCAGAUCGCACAGGUAAAGAUGCGCACGUGUUGCUCAGUAGACUAAACGGAAUCUUCUUUACAAUAUAUGAACUAACACAAAUCAGUGGAAAUAUAGUGUCGUCUGCCGUUUUAUAUAAAAGUGCAAGCCACAGUUCUAAUGCUUCCUCUAUAGCUACGACAUGUGGUGUCAAUGAUUGUCCUGUAAUCACCGGAAAUGCUACUCUGUUGGACCAGCCAUCUUCAGAUGUCGUGUACACUAUGCUUGGCGUUUUUCUUGUUUUUGAUGUCAUUGGACUCAUCUUGACUGCAACGUUUUUAUCUCCUUUACCGAAGAGUCAGUGGACAAAGUCUUCUUCCAUUAAAGAAUCAGUGACGUCAUGUUUCUUUACGUUCGGUGAUAUGAAGAUGUUGUUAUUGGUACCGUUUAUAGCUUUAAUGGCGAUGGAGCAGGCCGUUCUGUGGACAGAUUUUACGAAGUCUUACGUUAGCUGUCCAAUUGGAAUCAAAAUGGUUGGCUUUAUCAUGGCGGCGUAUGGAGGAUCAACAACUGUGUCAGCUUUGGUGACGUCACGGCUAGCUAAAUACACCGGGAGACAGGUUUUGUUUGCAGUAGCAAUUAUUAUACAAAUGUCCGUAUUUGUUGCCAUGUUUGUGUUUUAUCCACAAGGGAGAAGUGACUUGCCUUAUUUGUUUAUAAUGGUAGUUAUAUGGGGUGUCGCCGAAGGAAUAUGGCAGACGCAAUCAAAUGCACUGAUUGGAUACCUGUACCCAGAGAAUACAGAGCCGGCAUUUGCCAACUACCACUUCUGGAAGGCGACCAGUUUUACUGUGUAUUUCGCUAUCAGUACUGUGUUAUGUGUAAAGACAAAACUUAUCAUUGUUAUUACGUUAUUGUCUGUAGCGUCUGUACUUUAUGUUGCUCUAGAAGUUAAAGUUUACUAUAAACAACGGACUGCAAAUAUCUCCGAGACAAAAUAGUCCAGUACAUUUUCAAAUUUAUACCUUGGACAGACACCUUAGUCUGCUAAUGACCGCGUGAAGACGGAUAAAAUGAGAUGUACGUUGACAGAAUGAUUCGUAUUUAAAAGAACAGGGUCAUUGGCGAUUGUACAUUUUGAAAAGUGUAAAAUAAUCAAUGUAUUCUAAACAGGUUGUCGAAAAAAACGUGUUGCGUCGAUGAUGUUUUGAUAUUACUUUUAUAUUUUUUUUUUAUUAAUCACUGUUAUAAAUUCUGAUCUUGCUUUUUUUUAAGACAAACUUUUAUAUGUUACGGCUCUUUAUGACAAUAAAAAAACAAUUUUGUUUUA